AUGCGUCGUCGAACCGAGCAUACUCUCGUGUAUUCCCUUUUCGUGCUGAUUCCGCUGUUUGGACAGUUCCCCUUGGCGGCCGCUCAACACGAAUGCAAGUGUGUUCUGUUCAAUGUGACGAGUGGCAAGUUCCAGUCGCCCGAGUUCCCGGCGCCUCUCGAUGGCGUUCCCUGUCUAUUUUAUCAUUUUCAGGUCGAGCACUUUCUUUUUUUGAAAGUUGAAAUCCUUGUUUUUUUCAGGCACCACCCGAUCACAUAAUCCGUUUGACUUUCGACGUUUUCCACUUGCCGCCUAGAAUCGGAGUGUGAGUCUCGGGCUCACAAUGCCGUUUCCGGCUCGUCACUCCCAGCCCUUUUGUUGCAGUUGUUCGUCCUCAAUUAUGCUUUUCGACCAUUCGACCGACGGCCUUAUCGAGUUUGGAGAACGUGCUGACUUUGAGUUUUGUAGCAAAGAAAUCUCUUCGGGACGCCAAUUCUUCUCCAAGUAGGGCCCAAAGCUGGGAAAAAAACGCGAAAAGAGGGUGCCAAAUAAUUCGUUUCAGGGAGCAGCACUUUCUACUGCAAAUUACGAGUGGGAAGGAGGCGUCGCGCGGAUUUCAGGGAUCGUUUCUGGCGGUGCCGAAGAAGAACUUCACGAGCGAUGCCGUCGAAAUGGCCGAAUGUAGCUACCGGGUGGAGAAGCAGAAGGUACCGUAAUCAGUAUUUGAAGAAAAAGUUACGCAGCAUUCUAUUUCAGGCGAUAAUCUAUUCCCCUCAAUAUCCGUACUACUAUCCGUCGAAAGUCAACUGCACUUACCACAUUCCCCAGAGAAAAGGAUUUCAGGUUUGCUACAGUAGUUCAGGGCUAUCUCGUAGUUCUCCGUGUUCAGAUUGUCGUCAACUCAAUCGUUAUGGACAUUGGGAACGACGCGACGCUUCAAAUAUUCGAGUCCGAGGAGGGAAAAUUCGAGAAAAGAUUGAUCGAGAUGGUGACAUCCUCGCAGAAAUCAGUUUACGUCUCGUCGAUCUCCUCCCUUCUGAUUUAUUUCUCUGCGGGGAAUAACGACGUCGAGCGGGUGCGUUCCUUUCCCCUUUUUCUGUACUCUUUUUCAUUGAGAAAUGCCAGAAUGGGAAAUAGAAAAAGAAGAAGAAGAAGAGGGAGGCGUUGAGACGUGGGAAACGUGGCAUGUGCUUUGUGUCUUUACAAUGAAUCAAAGUCAAUUAGACGAAAGCAUCAGAGAACAAUUGAGUGACAAUCGCGUUCCAGAGUGGAAAAAUAUGUGAAUUCGCGAUCGAACAAGUGUGUACUGAGCACAUUCAAUAGGAACAUAAAAUGAACAUUCGAGUGUAUUGCUCUUUUUGAGAAAUGCUACGAAAAUUUCAACGGAGCUCAACUUCCUUUUCCCAUCCAAUUCAUAUUCAGAUCGUGAAUAUUGAAUUCCCCAAAAAAGUCACUUCUAAAGUUCAAAAACGGCUGCCCGGUCAUCUGAAUCUCAAGCAUCUUUUCGUUUUGCCCAAAAAGUUUUCCCUUCCAAACACUUGUUUUCGUGGUCUCCCUUUUCAUUAGCCAACCGGGCCAAAUUGCUAAUCGGCUCUUAUUUCAUAGAUGGGUUUUUGCGUCUCCUCCUCAAAAAGGACUCCUCCUAACCCUCUUCUUCUUCUUCUUCUUUUUCUUCUUCUUCUUGUCUCCGGUUAUAUGUGUGUGUGUGUGUGUGUGUGUUGAAGCAAUUUAGAGUGUGGGCAGGCAGUGUUGUUGUGUGUUGCAGGCCGUUGGCUUCGUAAUCGAAUUGCAGUACUCGAAUGCGGUUUGGAGCCAAUCUCCGGGUGAGUUGAGUUGAAGAAGAGAAGAAAAAUGGGGCGAGGCGGAGAGAGCGCGUGCGCGUCGGAGCACACCUCCUCCCGCUGCUCCUCUUGGUUCUUCGGCUGCGCGUCUCCCUCCGCUCCUCGCCCCAUUCACUUUUCCGCCUUAUUGGCCAUCGAAUCAAACAGUGUUCCCUCUCAUUAUUCCGCCCGUUUUCGCCCUAUUCUGGCACCAAAUUCUCAACCUGGGCCACUCAACUUUUUAUGUUAAUCUAUGUGAUUUUCAUAAUACUUCUUGAAUAUAUAAAUGGUGAGGAAACACUGUCGCCGACCAGCAGCCGCUUAUUGCUCUAUUUAAAGUUUCCCAAACUGCAGAAGCGUCUUCUGAAUGUCAGUUGAACAUCAAUUCGGAGAACUUCAAAGAAGGGCAGUUGUCGUCCGAGAAGAUUGGACGAUUCUCGUCCUCUUCAAUGCCGACAAAGUGCCAGGUCGUGUUUCAAGGAUAUCCUAACGAGAAAAUCAGCAUCAAGUUCACACACUUCAAUUUGUACGUCCCGGAUAACAAAAAUGUCACGAAACGGUGAGUUUUGGGAGAAUGAGAGAGAAAGAGAGACUCAAACGAGAGAUAGACACCAUAGUCGUUCUUUGCAGCUGCACAGAAGUGGACAAUCUGUCUGCUGACGUGCGCGUCGGCUCGCGGCUCUCCAGAAUCGACGAAUGGUGCGGCAAAAGAAGCCCGCCGAAUCUGAUGAGCAGCUCGAACCUUUUGCAGUUGGAAUACAACACAAAGGUGACCGAAACUUGAACGUCUUCCUUAAUCGCCUCAUUUUUAGUCUUCGAAAGUGAUUCGUGAGAGCACGAAUGAUGACAUUGGUUUCCGGUUAGACUACAAGUUCCACACGGAUUGGAACAUGUCCAGUAUGAAAGCGAAGGUGGAUAAGAGAAAAGGUAAACGGCAGAAAACGAGUGAAUCUCUUCGACUCCGUCCGCCCUGUUUCAGAAUGCCGCUUUUCAUUCAACUCUUCGGAGCACACGAACGGAAAGCUCUGGUCGGCCAACUAUCCGGGACUGUAUCCUCGAAACAUCUACUGCGAGUACAUAUUCCACGGUCGGAAUGACCAAGUUGUUCACAUCCAUUUCGAGUAUUUCGACAUCGAAGGAUUCAAUCAGUGAGUGAUUCCUUCAAACUAUUAUCAUCCUCCUCUCACCCUGUCUCAAUUUGAGGUGCGAUGAAACGACGCAAAGCGACUACAUUCUGUUCUCCAACUAUCAGACUCACGAUCGAACAAACCGUCGUUUCUGUGGCAAGACAGCCCCGAAAGGUCCAAUUCUGUCGGAGUCCAACUACUUCCGAAUGAUUUUUUCGACAAACGACAUCUUCGACGCGACCGGAUUCUAUGCUCAUUAUCAGUUUAUAACGCAAGAGAAAUCACAAAUCAGUCGGGUCAAGCUCACGAUAUCUUCUAGCCGAUUUCCGUCCUCCCUCCUUUUUGUGAUAUUGUUUUUCGCCGUUGUGCACUUUGCAAACACUUUAUAG